AUGAGCGCAUUCCAAAACGCAGAGAACACCACCAUCACUGGCGAGAGUGUGAACUUAACCACGGUCAACAACUAUGUCUACAAUAUCGCAGAGUUGACCAUUAUGCCGGCCGAUGAUCGCGGAGUUGGGUGGUGGACUUCAUUAGCUGGGUGGUUCGCCCAUGUUGGGUACACUCUAGGAGACGUUCUCGGCCGAGUUUGGAAGGGUCGGGAAAUCUCAACAGUCAACUAUCACUUGGAGAAGCUUGAACGUUCGCCGAAUGGGUCGUAUAUGAAAUCUAUUUUGAACGUCGUUAUUCCGCCAUUGAGACUUAGGAAGUUGUAG